CCCUUCACACACAAACUCCCCCUCUCUAGAACAGACAACACAGUGAACAAAAACCCUUGCCGUCUCCUCGGCGAUCGAUCCGACCCCGCGCUACGCUCGUCUCUCUAGGGCUCCGCUGCCGAUCGGAGAUCCCUCGGAGAUGGCGGCGGAGAUCUCGGUGGUUCUCGACCUCCUCCGCCCCGCCGCCGCCGGGGACCGGGACCCGCCAGCCCACCGCCUCUGCACUCGCGCGGCCCGCGCGGGUCUCGAGGAGCUCGCGGGGGCCCUGGCUGCUGGCCCACCGCCCGAACGAGCUCCCGCCGGCGCCGUGCUCGCUGCCGCCCGCGCCGUUGUCUCCACAGUACUCUUCUCUUCCGUGGAGCAACUGGAGCCAAUAGUAGCAGAGAUUGUUGAGAGAUCUUUGGAAUUCUCUCUCUUGUAUCUUGAAAAAUCAUCAUAUGGAUGUGAUGACUUUGGCUUACUGAAUGAAGUUGCCUUUUUCAUGGAAUCUGUGCUGCUUAAUGGAACUCCCAGCAAGGUUUACACGUUGGAGCCUAGCAUCAUAAAUGAUGUUAUCGAGCAUUGGGCAUCUGUCCCUGCCGAAUCUGAGCGCUUGAGCCCGCCAGAGAAAUACUUUUGCUAUUUAAAAGGCUUUAACUGCUCUAAGAGUGGAGAUGAUCUGCAGCGGUUUCGUUUGACCUUAUCACCAGAGUGUUUACAACAAAGUUAUGUUAUUCCAGAGAACAAUGAAUCACUUCAUGCAGCAUCUCCAAGUGCCAUGGUGUCAAUAGCACAACAUUUUGCAGUUGUUCAUCUACGUUGUGUACCUCGCCUUAUUACAUUGGUUCAGAAGCUUUGUCAAUCUUCAGCUUUGGAAGUGAUAGAAGAUAUCAAUUUUAGCAUGAGGUUGUCUUUUACCCAAAGGAUUUUGAAAUUAGCCCAUGGUCUGUCUAUGCAAUUUCCUUGCGAUGUUUCUGAUACCAUGAUGUUAUUCUCCAUAGCAAGAUGUGCUGACAGUCUGCCAGUCUUGUUUGGACUGAAGUUCAAGUUCUCUAACCAUGACAGAGUGUUUUCUGGGGAUGGUGUUGGAAUUGUCUUGCUGCAAUUACUUGAAGAAUUUCUACAGCUGAUUCAAAUUGUCUUCUGCAAUAGUGACAUUUGUUGUACUGUACAUGUAUGCGUACUUGCUUCACUGUUGGACAUAUUCAGUACAAAGACAUGGAGAUGUGAAAAAUCUGGUGCUUGCUUAGUGCCCCCUUUAGCUUACUCUCCUCAGGUUGUGCAAUAUGUGCUGAAGCUUCUUAAGAGUACCCAACGGUGGACAAGCUGUGUUGCCAGGGAGAAACCUGGUCAUGUUCUGGAUUACUCACGCAAUUCUGAGGUAGAUGGUUUGUCUUGUCGAGCCCGUUCUGUGGUGGUACCAUUGCUGAAGAAAUACACAUGUGAGGUGUAUCUGCAGCUUAUCUUCCCUUCAGAAGAGCAAUGGUUGGAUGAUUUGGUGCAUCUCAUAUCUUUUCUCCAUGAAGAAGGAGUAAAAUCAGUCACUGCACUUGAGAAAGCGCAGUUAAGUUGCACAAAACAAGCUGUUGUUUCAGAGUUGGAGUCUGUGACUAGUCAUGAGGAAGAAGCACUCUUCGGAAAUCUCUUUGCCGAAGCCCGUUCUACAGGAGUAGCUGAUAGUGUUGAACAGCCAACUUCUCUUGCUAGUGUUUCUUCAAGCAGCCAGCAUGGGCCUAUUCAAUUAGCUGCUGAUUUGAUAUGCUUUAUGAAAACGUGCAUCUUCUCUCCUGAAUGGUGCAAUGCUACGUUUAUGGAUGCUUGCAGGAAGUUUCACACAGAUCAUUUGGAACAAUUUCUGUCAAUACUCAAGUUCCAAGUUUGUCUCUCUGAUCAAAGCAGUGCUGAAAGCACAUCUUCAAACCAUAAGGAGACUAACCUACUGCACGUAAAUACAGCCUGUUUUGAGUUUCUACAAAUGUUUCUUGUUUCUGAUGAGUGUCCUGCUUCUUUAAGAGAAGAUCUUGUGGAGAAAGUGCUUAAAGUUGAGAAUGGGAAGUACACUUACAACCACUAUACGCUUGCUCUAGUUGCGCGUGCCAUUAUCUCUGGAACAAACUCAGCAUAUAAUCUGGGAAGAAAAGUUUUUGUUCAAUACUUUGGUUAUCUUUUGGAAAAGGCAAAUGACCAAUCAUCCAGCACCUUGGAUUUCAAUGAUUUUUGUGAAACUCUUCCUUGUGCCUUCCAUGUGGAAAUUCUUUUGGUGGCGUUCCAUUCAGCUACCUUGUCAGAAAAGUCCGAGUUGACUAACAUUGUGCUUUCUUCCCUAGAAAAGUUGAAACAUUCUCCAUCAGUAAAAAGUGCAUCUGGACUCACAAAAUGGGCUUUAGUCCUUUCAAGACUUCUGGUCGUUCUGCGGCAUAUUUUGUUGUAUCCGCAAACACGUCCAUCAUGGUUGUUUCUGAGGUUAAGAUCCAGGAUGCGGGAUAUCCAAGUGAAGGAAGAGCAACUACGUUCCAUGAAUGAUUGCUUGCCAUCCUUUGCAACUAUUGUUGUGGAGGGCAUACUUGCAGAUACUGUCAAGGAGUAUGCUACAACUAGUAGAUUGCUAUCGCAAUUGAUUGAUCUGACUCCAGCUCAUGCUGAGUUCUACUUUGAUAAGUCUGCUGUUGGAACUUUAGGCUUGAACUUGGCUGAUUUGGGCGCAACAAUUUCAGAAAUACUUGGUUGUUGGAGGGAUAUGAAAGCCGAAGUGGCGGAUGAUCUCAUUGUUGAAAGAUAUUUAUUUUUCAUUUGCUUGAGCACCCUUGCUGGUAUAGGUUAUCAUCACAAUUAUAGUCUUCUGAAUGAUGGUCUUUCGAACCCUGACUUUGCAGAUGUCCGCUUUUUCCUUGCAUUUUCUCUCAGUGUAAAUGACGAUGCUUUGUCUCUUGUGGGUGACAGUCUGCCUGCUGUAAUUUUUGGAUUCCUGAAGUUAUUGCAUUCUGAGAUUCUACUUGGUUCAAGUGUGCUGGAAACUUGGGAUUUUUCCAGGAAAGGAGCAUGGCUUUCUUUGAUUCUCUCUCUCAUCAGUACUGGUGUUUUGAGGCACCAAACAAGUAAAAAAACUGAGGUGGAAUCAUAUGGAAAGCAUCUGGUCCAAGAUAGAGAGCAAUUUGUUAUCGGGAAGAGUUUGGUUACAUACAUAAGUGAAAAUACUGGACAUUGUUUUAGUGUUUUAUCAUCUCUUUUGGAGACCUAUCUUCAUACUUUCAGGGAAGCAUAUCUCACCCUUGUUGAUAGAGGAAGAACUUCUGGGGAUCAUUGGUAUCCUUCCUUGCUGCUUAAGCACUCUGCAUUUGACAAAUCAAAGCAUCAUCUCCUUUUUGAGAAAGUUGGUUCGAACAUAGAAAUGCUGGAACGCAUAUGUGAUCUUCCAUCAAGGAUAGAUGGAGUUGCAACAAAACUAGGUGAAGGGCAGAAAGAUUGUUUUCUGUUGAAAUGUUUGUUACAUGGAUUUCCAUCAGAUUACACUUCUAGCAACAGUGCUCUCCUUUCUUGUAUUCUUGUAAUAAAGGAGAUCAUACACACCUUCCAUGGAUACUUGAAGAUCAUGCAACCAGGAGACAGAGAUCAAGUUGAUGUGUGCACUAUUUCCAAAUUGCUCGAUAUGGUGAUGGCUGUAAGAUCGGAUCGAUUAUUCAGAACCAUUCAUGGACAGUGUGAUUCUAUAUUUAUGAGUCUAAUCAACUACAGGGAUGAUCUCGCUAGAUACAUCGAUGUAUUUAUCCUGAAGCAGUUAGAAGGAUUUCUGGCUGACAUCAACUCGGAAGAGAGUGUCCACAAUGAGGCAGAGGAGAUUCUCGUUUCUACCAUUGUUGAUCUAGUGGAGGACCUUCGGUCUAAGACAGAUGUAUUUAAAUUCUUCCUUGGUAAUGCGGAAGGUGCACCUGAAGGAGCAAGCAGUCUUUUUGCUCCUGAACAUGCUGAAAUGUCAGUUUUUAUGAAUAUGUUGGACAAAUGCCAAUCUGAGCAGGUCAAUAUGAAGAUUCUUCACUUGUUCACUGAUAUUUUAGGCGAUGGCUUUUGUCCUGCUCUUAAGUUGAAAUUGCAAAAAAAGUUUGUUGGGAUGGAUGUGUCCAGUUUGUCUUCUUGGUUAGCGUUCAGAAUACUUGGUCAUCCUUUGAAAACUGAAAGCAUGAAUCAUACUAUGGUAGGUUCGACAACCCUAAGAGAAUCAGCAGUGGAUUUUCUUAUGCGUCUUAUCUGCCCUUCAUCUGAAACAUUGGCCAUAGACCUUCAAAAUCACCUCUUUGGUGCAAUGCUACUAUUACUUGAUAGAGCAUUUUUGUCAUGUGAUCUCCAGACUGCCAAAGCAUAUUUUCAUUUUCUCGUUCAACUAUCAACCGAGGAAUCACAUUUUAAGCAGCUAUUUGAAAGGAUGCUGAUGCUGAUGGAGACAGUGGUUGAUAAUGAGGGUUUGCUUCAUACUUUGAAGUUUCUUUUUACAGUUGUAGAGUCAGUAUUUGGUGAUGCUGGACUAAAUAGGACUGCCCUUAAGAGGCUUUCAUCUAACAAUUCUGGCAACAAUUGUGGUUCACGGUCUUUCGUACCAAAGCAAUUGAAGAAUUCAGACAGCCUUGUUCUUUGCGCCAAUCAAGAAAGUAACUCUGCGGUUGAUUGUGAUGGUAGUUCAGGUGAAGAAGAUGAAGACGAUGGAACAUCUGAUGGUGAAUUGGGUAGCAUGGAUAGAGAUGAUGAAGAGGAUGGAAACAGUGAAAGGACACUAGCAUCCAAAGUGUGCACAUUUACAUCCAGCGGCAGUAAUUUUAUGGAACAGCAUUGGUACUUCUGCUAUACGUGUGAUUUGACUGUUUCCAAAGGUUGCUGUUCUGUAUGUGCCAAGGUGUGCCAUCGGGGUCAUCGUGUUAUCUAUUCCCGUUCAAGCCGUUUCUUUUGUGACUGUGGAGCUGGCGGCGUGAGAGGAAGCAACUGCCAGUGCUUGAAACCUCGAAAAUUUACUAGAACGUCUGUGCCACCACCUACCGCUUGCAGCUUUCAGCCCAUGUUGCCUUAUCACGAUGAUCUGGAACAGGUUGCAGAUAGUGGCUCUGAUUUUGAAGAUGACAUCUCAAUUGACACAGAUAAUUCUCUCAAGUUAUCUGUGCCAAAAGGCUUCACUGCUGGACUCCCUGUAUUUCUGAGAAACCUUGAUAUUGAAGUUCGAAUGCUUGAAAUCUGCAAGAAAUUGCUUCCGACAAUACUUAGCCAAAGAGAGUUAAACCUUUUGAGAGAUAUGAAAGUUAUAUUAGGAGGUGAUAUGCUGGUGUCACGGGCUUCUGAUGUUUUCCAACUAAAGAAAGUUUUCAAAAGUGGAUCACUUGACCUGAAGAUAAAAGCAGAUUAUCCAAAUUCAAGGGAACUUAAGUCACACCUUGCUAAUGGUUCUCUUACAAAAUCAUUGCUGACUGUCGGCGUUCGAGGCAAGCUUGCUGUUGGAGAAGGGGAUAAAGUAGCUAUAUUUGAUGCAGGACAAAUUAUUGGACAGCCUACUGCAGCCCCUAUCACAGCAGACAAAACAAAUGUGAAACCUCUCUCCAGAAACAUUGUUCGCUUUGAAAUUGUUCAUCUGAUUUUCAAUCCAUUACUGGAUCAUUACCUUGCAGUUGCUGGAUAUGGGGAUUGCCAAGUACUGACUUUAAAUAAUCGUGGUGAAGUAACAGAUCGUCUUGCCAUAGAACUUGCAUUGCAAGGAGCUUAUAUUCGUCGUGUGGAAUGGGUCCCAGGUUCUCAGGUACAGCUCAUGGUGGUAACAAACAUGUUUGUGAAAAUAUACGAUCUCUCACAGGACAAUAUAAGCCCAUUGCAUUAUUUUACUGUUGCUGAUGAUAUUAUUGUUGAUGCCACCCUUGUUCCCUCAUCAAUGGGCAAGUUGGUGCUUCUUGUUCUUUCCGAAGGGGGCCUUCUUUAUAGACUUAAUGUUGUAUUGGCGGGUGAUGUUGGUGCCAAAACAUUGACCGACACAGUCUUGGUCAAAGAUGCAGUGUCUAUGCAUAAGGGAUUAUCAUUGUACUUCUCAUCAACCUACAGGCUUAUAUUCGUGUCUCAUCAAGAUGGCACUACUUUCAUCGGGCGCUUAGAUGCUGCAUCUUCAUCGGUUACUGAAUUUUCAUAUGUAGUCGAGGAAGAUCAAGAUGCUAAAUCUAAGCCAGCUGGGCUUUACCGCUGGAGAGAACUAAUAGCUGGCAGUGGGACUCUUACCUGUCUAUCCAAAUUUAAAUCAAAUGCUCCUCUUGCUGUGUCUUUGGGUCCUCAUGAGUGUUUUGCACAAAACCUGAGAUAUGGCGCCGGUUCAAAUGCUCCAAUGGUGGGUGUUGCGGCAUAUAAGCCUUUAUCCAAAGAUAAAACACAUUGUCUUCUUUUAUAUGAUGAUGGAAGCCUUCAUAUUUACUCACAUACACCUAGCGGAGGUGAUAGUUCGCCGAGCCUUACUGCAGAACAAACGAAGAAGCUGGGCAGCAGCAUCCUCAACAGCAGAGCUUACGCUAGCACCAAACCAGAAUUUCCACUUGAUUUUUUUGAGAAGACGACUUGCAUCACAUGUGAUGUGAAAUUUAGUAGUGACACAACCAAAAGCAGUGAUUCUGAAAGUAUCAAGCAGAGAUUGACCUCAGAUGAUGGGUAUUUAGAGAGUCUGACAUCCGCUGCCUUCAAGGUAUCUAUUUCAAAUCCAAAUCCUGAUAUUGUCAUGGUUGGUUGUCGAAUCCACGUGGGUAACACAUCUGCUAGCAAUAUCCCUUCGGAAAUCACGAUAUUCCAGAGGGUUGUCAAGCUAGAUGAAGGCAUGCGAUCAUGGUAUGAUAUUCCGUUUACUACUGCCGAGUCACUUCUGGCUGAUGAAGAAUUCACAAUUACAGUUGGCCGAACAUUCGAUGGUUCAUCAGUUCCUAGAAUAGAUUUCAUUGAAGUUUAUGGUCGAGCCAAAGAUGAAUUUGGGUGGAAAGAGAAAAUGGAUGCUGCGCUUGAUAUGGAAGCACAUGUCAUGGGUGGUACUACUGCUGGCGGAAAAUCAGCAAAGAGGCCCCAAGUGAUGCAAGCUACUCCUAUCCAGGAGCAGGUUUUGGCAGAUGCUCUCAGGAUCCUCUCACGGAUAUAUCUGCUCUGCCAACCAAGCUACUGUUCUGACAUUGUUGAUGCAGACUUGGAACUUAAGAAUCUAAAAUGCAGAUCUUUGUUAGAAACAAUCUUUCAAAGUGACAGGGAGCCUCUGCUACAUUCUGCGGCAUGCCGAGUCCUUCAGGCUGUGUUCCCAAAGAAGGAAAUAUACUAUCAUGUUAAGGACACUAUGCGUCUUCUGGGGGUAGUAAAGUCACUGCCAGCAAUUACUUCAAGAAUAGGAGUUGGGGGUUCUGCAUCUAGCUGGGUGAUAAAAGAGUUUAUUGCCCAGAUCCAUACAGUGUCGAAAGUUGCUUUGCACAGGAAAUUUAACUUGGUCUCUUUUCUUGAAAAUCAUGGUACGGAAUUAGUUGAUGGUCUUAUGCAAGUUUUUUGGGAUAUUUUGGAUUUAGACAGGCCAGAUACCCAAAUGAUAAAUAGUCUUGUUAUACCUUGUGUGGAAUUUAUUUAUAGCUAUGCUGAAUGCCUAGCCUUGCAUGCAAAUGAAAAAUCUGGUGUUUCAGUGGCACCUGCUGUUGCUCUGUUAAAGAAGCUGCUAUUUGCACCAUAUGAAGCUGUUCAGACAUCAAGCAGUUUGGCUAUUUCAUCACGAUUUCUACAAGUCCCUUUCCCAAAGCAGACAAUGAUAGCCACUGACGACGGACCUGAUAAUCAAGCGAAAACAAGUGCUUCUGCUAUGAAUCCCACUAGUGGAAAUGCUGAAGUUAUGAUCGAAGAAGAUCCUGCCACAUCAUCAGUGCAGUACUGUUGUGAUGGCUGUUCGACAGUUCCAAUACUUAGGCAAAGGUGGCACUGCAACAUAUGUCCGGACUUUGACUUGUGUCAAACCUGUUAUGAGAUACUUGAUGCAGAUGGUCUUCCUGCACCGCAUGCAAAAGAUCAUCCCAUGUCAUCAAUUCCGAUUGAACUUGAUACAUUUGGAGGUGAGGGCAGUGAUAUUCAUUUCUCUGUUGAUGAGCUAACAAAUACCAGUGUUCUUCAUCCUCCUCCCGUUGAUAGAAGUGUCCAGACCUCACCAUCAUCAGUUAAUCUAUUGGAUGCAAGUGGAUCUAUGGACUUCCCUGCAUCCAUGACAGACCAAAGGACAGUUUCAAUUUCUGCAUCUAAACGAGCCAUUAACUCUCUGCUACUCAGUUGUCUAAUUGAAGAGCUCAGAGGCUGGAUGGGGACCACAGCUGGCACUCAAGCCAUACCUAUAAUGCAGUUGUUCUACAGACUUUCAUCUGCAGUUGGUGGACCUUUCAUGGAUAGCUCAAAGCCAGAACAUUUUAAUUUGCAAAAAUUUGUUAUGUGGCUCAUGGAUGAAAUCAAUAUAAAUAAACCAUUUCCUGCCAAAACACGGUGUUCUUUUGGUGAAGUAUCAAUCCUUAUUUUCAUGUUUUUCACACUUAUGUUCCGUAACUGGCAUCAGCCUGGGAAUGAUAGCUCUCAUUCGAAGUCAGGUGGGAUUUCUGAUUUGACAGAGAAACAAGUUUUAGUGUCAAGCACAACACUUCUAUCCUCCAGUGGUGACCAGGAUAAAAAUGAGUUUGCUUCUCAGUUGAUCUGUGCUUGUUCUGCCCUCAGGCAGCAAUCAUUUCUGAAUUAUUUAAUGGAUAUACUGCAGCAACUUGUUCAUGUUUUCAAGUCGUCGUCCAUAAAUGGUGAAGGUGGUUCUUCUGGUUCAGGAUGCGGUUCCCUAUUGACUGUCAGGAGAGAACUACCAUCUGGGAACUUUGCUCCCUUUUUUUCUGAUUCAUACGCCAAAUCUCAUCCUACCGAUCUUUUCAUGGACUACAACAAAUUGUUGUUGGAGAAUACUUUUCGGCUAGUAUAUAGCAUGGUUCGACCAGAAAAGGAGAAGUCAGCUGAAAAGGAUAGAAGUUACAAUGUUCCCAACACAAAGGAUUUGAAGUUGGAUGGAUAUCAGGAUAUCCUUUGCAGCUAUAUUAGCAAUCCUCGUACUACAUUUGUUCGUAGAUAUGCGAGGAGGCUAUUCCUUCAUUUGUGUGGCAGCAAGACUCACUAUUACAGUGUUAGGGAUUCAUGGCAAUAUUCCCAUGAAGUCAAGAAGCUUCAUAAAAUUGUAAACAAGUCUGGAGGUUUUCGUAAUCCUGUGCCGUAUGAGAGGAGUGUUAAGCUCAUAAAAUGUUUAUCUACUCUUUGCGAUGUGGCUGCAUCAAGGCCCAGAAAUUGGCAGAAGUUCUGCUUGAAGCACAUGGAUCUUCUUCCUUUUCUGAUGGACAACUUUUACUAUUUCAGUGAAGAGUGUAUCAUUCAGACCCUGAAGCUUCUAAAUUUGGCCUUCUAUUCAGGAAAAGAUGUAAAUCAGAGUGCACACAAAACAGAGAGUGGGGAUCUUGGAGGUUCUACAAGAACUAGUUCACAAUCUUCAGAUUCAAAGAAGAAGCGCAAGGGCGAUGAUGGUUCGGAAGGUGCCUCGGACAAAUCCUGCAUGGACAUGGAGCAGGCUGUGGAAGGGUUCAAUGACAAGGAAGGGGAUGUGUUGAAGCGUUUUGUUAAUACAUUUUUGCUAGAAUGGAACUCAGCAAGCGUCCGCCAUGAGGCUAAAUGUGUUUUAUUUGGACUGUGGUACCAUGCAAAGAACAUGUUCAAGGAAACAAUGUUAAAAGUUCUAUUGCAGAAGGUUCAAUAUCUUCCUAUGUAUGGCCAGAACAUCAUCGAGUACACUGACCUCAUGACCUGUUUACUAGGAAAAGCAAAUGAUUCUAGUGCGAAGCAGAAUGAAGCUGAACUGCUGAAUAAAUGUUUAACGUCUGAUGUAAUAAGCUGCAUUUUUGACACCUUACAUUCGCAGAAUGAGCUGUUGGCAAAUCAUCCUAAUUCCCGUAUAUACAAUACGCUGAGUUGCUUAGUAGAGUUUGAUGGCUAUUAUCUGGAGAGUGAGCCUUGUGUUACCUGCAGUUGUCCAGAUGUUCCGUCCUCAAGAAUGAAGCUUGAAAGCCUCAAGUCUGAGACUAAAUUUACUGACAAUAGGAUAAUUGUAAAAUGUACUGGAAGCUUUACUAUACAAUCAGUGACGAUGAAUGUUUAUGAUGCUCGUAAGUCGAAGUCAGUGAAAGUACUGAACCUAUAUUACAACAACAGGCCUGUAACAGACUUGUCAGAACUGAAGAAUAACUGGUCUUUGUGGAAGCGUGCCAAAAGCUGCCAUCUUACUUUUAAUCAGACUGAAUUGAAGGUUGAAUUCCCCAUUCCAAUUACAGCAUGCAAUUUCAUGAUUGAGCUUGAUUCAUUUUAUGAAAAUCUUCAAGCUUCUUCCCUCGAGUCACUGCAGUGUCCACGGUGUAGCAGGUCUGUCACUGAUAAGCAUGGAAUUUGUAGCAACUGCCAUGAAAAUGCAUAUCAGUGUAGGCAAUGUAGAAAUAUCAAUUAUGAAAAUCUUGACUCUUUUCUCUGCAAUGAGUGUGGAUACAGCAAAUAUGGCCGUUUUGAAUUUCAUUUCAUGGCGAAACCAAGCUUCUCGUUUGAUAACAUGGAAAAUGAUGAUGAUAUGAGAAAAGGAUUGGCAGCAAUAGAGUCAGAGUCAGAAAAUGCCCAUAGGAGAUACCAGCAACUGAUGGGAUUUAAGAAGCCACUCAUCAAACUUGUAUCCAGCAUAGGUGAACAGGAGAUAGAUUCACAACAGAAAGAUGCUGUCCAGCAGAUGAUGGUUUCCUUGCCUGGGCCCACUUGCAAGGUAAAUCGUAAGAUUGCACUUCUUGGUGUGUUAUAUGGUGAGAAAUGCAAAGCAGCUUUUGAUUCAGUGAGCAAAAGUGUCCAGACACUACAAGGGCUGCGCCGUGUUCUAAUGACAUAUCUGCACCAGAAAAAUUCUAGUGAGACCAAUGCAUUGCCUGUCUUCUCAAUACCAAGGUCUCCAAGUAGUUGCUAUGGAUGCAGUACUAUGUUUGUUACACAAUGCCUAGAGUUAUUACAAGUGCUAUCCAAACAUGCAAACUGCAGGAAGCAACUUGUCAGUGCUGGUAUUUUACCAGAGUUAUUUGAAAACAACAUUCAUCAGGGCCCUAGAACUGCACGCACUCUUGCAAGGGCUGUGUUGUCUUCCUUCUCUGAAGGUGAUGCAGAUGCAGUCCAGGAACUGGACAAGUUGAUUCAGAAGAAAGUAAUGUAUUGUCUGGAGCACCAUCGCUCCACGGAUAUUGCACAAUCAACACGGGAAGAGUUACAGCUACUUUCAGAGACAUGUGCCCUUGUAGAUGAGUUCUGGGAGGCAAGGCUACGUGUCGCCUUUCAGCUGUUGUUCUCUUCUAUUAAAGUUGGUGCCAGGCAUCCUGCAAUUUCGGAGCAUAUUAUUCUUCCUUGCCUGAGAAUAAUUUCUCAGGCUUGCACACCUCCAAAAUCUGAUGCUGGGGACAAAGAGGCAGGUGCGGGAAAAUCUAGCUUGAUGUUGCAGUCGAAGAAUGAUGACACCAUAAGUCAACCGGCAUCUAACUUAUCCACUUUCAAGAUUCAAUCGGAUGUAUCUGGAAAAAGUCCUGAUGGAAGUCGAAGAAGUCAGGAUAUGCCACUUCUGAGCUAUUCAGAGUGGGAGAGUGGUGCAUCAUAUCUGGAUUUCGUGAGGAGGCAAUAUAAAGUAUCACAGGCAGCAAAAGGAAUACAGAAAGCACGGCAAGAUACACAGAAAUCUGAUUACCUUGUUUUAAAGUAUGGGCUCAGAUGGAAGCGUCGUGCAUGUCGGAAGUCAUCAAAAAGUGACUUCUCAAAAUUUGCCUUGGGCUCCUGGGUUUCAGACUUGAUUUUAAGUUCAUGUUCUCAGUCGAUAAGAUUUGAGAUAUGCACUCUCAUAAGCUUGCUAUGCCCAUCGAACUCGUCCAGACAGUUUCAGCUAUUGAACUUGCUCAUGUCUUUACUUCCCCGGACACUGUCAGCUGGUGAAAGUGCAGCAGAGUACUUUGAAUUACUUGGGACAAUGAUUGAUUCAGAGGCUUCACGUCUUUUUUUAACUGUUCGUGGUUGUUUAACUACAUUGUGUUCUUUGAUAACAAAAGAGGUGUACAAUGUUGAAUCGGAGGAGAGAAGCCUUAGCAUCGACAUAUCACAAGGAUUCAUUCUUCAUAAGCUUGUUGAGCUCCUAAACAAAUUUCUUGAUAUUCCUAAUAUUAGAGCAAGAUUUAUGAGUGAUAAAUUACUCUCUGAGGUGCUGGAGGCAUUUCUCGUUAUCCGUGGGCUAGUGGUGCAGAAGACAAAGUUAAUCAAUGACUGCAAUCGGCUUUUGAAAGAUCUUCUUGAUAGUUUGCUCAUCGAAAGUAUUGCCAACAAACGCCAAUUUAUUCGUGCUUGCAUCUCUGGAUUGCAGAAGCAUGUGAAGGAGAAAAAGAGACGGACAUCUCUGUUUAUUUUGGAGCAACUGUGCGAUUUGAUUUGCCCAGUGAAACCAGAGCCUGUUUACCUUCUGAUUCUAAACAAAGCACAUACUCAAGAAGAGUUUAUCAGGGGUUCUAUGACAAAAAAUCCAUACUCCAGUGUGGAGGUUGGCCCGCUAAUGAGAGAUGUGAAAAACAAAAUAUGUCACCAGCUUGAUUUGAUUGGUCUCUUAGAGGACGACUAUGGUAUGGAAUUACUGGUUGCUGGGAACAUAAUCUCACUUGACCUUAGCAUCUCCCAAGUCUAUGAGCAGGUAUGGAGAAAGCACCAUGGCCAAACUCAUCAUUCUUUGUCCAAUUCGAGUGCACUCUCUGCUGCUUCCUCUGUCAGAGACUGUCCGCCAAUGACAGUAACCUACAGACUGCAGGGUUUAGAUGGUGAAGCAACUGAGCCUAUGAUUAAAGAGUUGGAAGAGGAAAGAGAGGAAUCACAAGAUCCUGAAAUUGAGUUUGCUAUAGCAGGCGCUGUUAGGGAAUGUGGAGGUCUGGAAAUUAUAUUAAGCAUGAUUCAGAGUUUACGUGAUGAUGAGUUAAGAUCCAACCAGGAAGAUUUGGCUUCAGUUCUUAACCUUCUUAAGUAUUGUUGCAAAAUCCGUGAAAAUAGAUGUGCUUUACUACGUCUGGGUGCCCUUGGUAUGUUACUUGAUACAGCCAGACGUGCAUUCUCAGUAGAUGCAAUGGAACCAGCUGAGGGUAUUCUGUUAAUUGUAGAAAGUCUUACAUUGGAAGCUAAUGAGAGUGACAUAAGUAUCGCACAAAGUGUUUUUACAACUAGUAUUGAGGAGACUGGUGCUUGUGAGCAGGCCAAGAAAAUUGUUCUCAUGUUUUUGGAGAGGUUAUGUCAUCCUUUAGGUACCAAAAAAUCAAACAAGCAACAAAGGAAUGAGGAGAUGGUGGCCAGAAUCUUGCCCUACUUGACCUAUGGGGAGCCAGAAGCUAUGGAAGUUCUGGUUGAACAUUUUGAGCCCUAUCUUAGGGACUGGAGUGAGUUUGACCAGUUGCAGAAACAACACGAAGAGAAUAGGAAAGAUGAUAAUUUAAGCCAAAGGGCAUCAAUGCAGAGAUCUGCUGUUGAAAACUUUGUUCGAGUCUCAGAGUCACUCAAGACUAGUUCGUGCGGUGAGAGACUCAAAGAGAUUAUUCUAGAGAAGGGCAUUACAAAGGCUGCUCUUGGGCAUCUGAGGGAAAGAUUUGCUUCUGCAGGGAUGACUGGCUCUAGAACUAGUGCAGAAUGGAUAGCUGGACUAAAACUACCAUCUAUUCCAUUCAUCCUGUCAAUGUUGAAGGGGCUUGCCAAGGGCCAUUUGCCUACACAGAAGUGUGUUGAUGAAGAAGGCAUAUUACCACUUCUUCAUGCAUUAGAAGGGGUGCCUGGUGAAAACGAAAUUGGUGCGAGAGCAGAAAAUCUUUUGGACACCCUAGCCAACAAAGAAAAGAAUGGUGACGGCUUCCUAGGAGAGAAGAUUCAAGAAUUGCGGCAUGCUACAAGGGAUGAGAUGCGCCGCCGUGCUCUUCAGAAAAGAGAAAUGCUACUUCAGGGACUUGGAAUGCGACAAGAAUUUGGUUCAGAUGGAGGUAGACGUAUAGUUGUGUCUCAGCCUAUAAUUGAAGGUUUUGAUGAUGUGGAAGAAGAGGAGGAAGGGUUAGCAUGUAUGGUUUGUAGGGAAGGGUAUACCUUAAGACCAACAGACAUGUUAGGAGUGUAUGCGUUCAGUAAACGGGUGAACUUGGGUGCAACAAGCUCUGGUAGUGGCCGUGGGGACUGUGUCUUCACUACUGUUAGCCACUUCAAUAUCAUACACUACCAAUGUCAUCAGGAAGCCAAACGAGCUGAUGCUGCACUGAAGACCCCUAAAAAGGAAUGGGAUGGUGCUACCCUGAGAAAUAACGAGACAUUGUGUAACUGUAUCUUUCCGCUGAAGGGACCAUCUGUUUCACUUGGGCAGUACAACCGAUGUGUUGAUCAAUAUUGGGAUCAAUUGAAUUCUCAAGGACGAGCAGAUGGGAGUCGUCUUCGGUUGUUGACAUAUGACAUUGUUCUGAUGUUGGCCAGGUUUGCCACGGGCGCUUCUUUCAGCACUGAUUGCAAAGGCGGGGGGAGGGAGAGCAAUUCACGGUUUCUUCCUUUCAUGAUCCAGAUGGCCUCUCAUCUUGUUGAUGGAAGUGCCAACCAGCAACGUCAUGUGAUGGUGAAGGCUAUCUCUACUUACCUGUCCAAUUCUUCCUCAACUCCAGAAUCUCCCAGUCGGGUUUCAGCUUCUGUCCCUGGCGCUCGUGCUAGCCCAGGGUCAUCAGAGGAAACUGUGCAGUUUAUGAUGGUCAAUUCUCUGCUGUCCGAGUCUUAUGAGAGCUGGAUGCAACACCGCCCUGCUUUCCUGCAGAGGGGCAUCUACCAUGCUUACAUGCAACACAAGCAUGGGAGAUCCACCCUUAAGCUUUCCCCUGAACCAUCGUCCUCUGCUGUCCGGCCUGAUGAAGGCUCAUCCGCUGAUCCAAACGACAGCAAGAGGCUCUUUGCCAUUGUCCAGUCGAUGCUGGUGUACACUGGCUUGAUUGAGCAGCUGCAGCAAUUCUUCAAGAAGGGCAAGUCAGGUGAGAAAGACCAACUGAGCGGUAACCUUGGAAACUGGGAGUCUAAGAUGAAAGAAAAGCUGAGCAACAUGAAGGAGAUGGUGGGAUUAUCAAAAGAUCUGCUCUCGUGGCUCGAAGACAUGACCUCGUCUGAAGAUUUGCAGGAGGCCUUCGAUGUCAUGGGAGUGCUGACUGAUGUAUUCUCCAGCGGUUGCACGAAUUGUGAAGAUUUUGUCAGGGCAGCUAUACAUGCCGGAAGGAACUGAGCCGCAACUUCAGAAUUUGUGUUAAUAUAUAUGUCACCAGCCUUUUUGUUUCGUACGAAUAGGCAACUUUUGUGUAACACAAUAUAUCAACUUGGUUGAAGUUGUAUAAUAGUACGACGCAAUUGCCCUGUGUACUUGCAGCAUUUGGACCCCUUAUUUUUUGGGUCUCUUAUCUCAGUCGUCUCUCCCUUA